AUGACAAAAGCAAAGUUGAGGACCAAAAUCGGCUGCUUGACCUGCCGAAAGCGAAAACUGAAAUGUGACGAGUCAAGACCCUGCUGUUUGAAUUGCACCUUUUCCAGGCGUCUCUGUGUCUGGCCCACGCCUGCCGAGCUGUAUGAUCGUCGGAAUCGACGACGCUCGGAAGACGGGGUCCCAAAAUCGGCGACAGGUGGCGACAACGACGUUAACGACGUCCAGAACUCCAGCAACCUUCUUCAGCCAGGGGAUUGUUACAACUUGGACUCUACCUGGCUCAUUGUGUCAUCGCCCCAGCCCCGUACUUCCAUCUCCUCGGAAUGCGACAACUCGCUACUGUGUUACUACACGGACUCUUUCCUCUCGGUCAUUCUCUUGCCCACGACGAAACCUAGCGACUACGACUCCUUCCGGUCGUACACCUUGAUGCUCGCGCUUGAAUGCCAAAGUGUCAAACACGCCGUCAUGUCCAGCAGCGCAGCGAACAAGUACAUGCUCACGGGGGAAGACCACUUCCGACGGCUGUCGCUCGAGCACUACGCCCAGGCGGUGAAAGAGGUCAACCAUGCCUUGGCUAAUAUUGACUAUUCCCGCGAGAGCUGGGCAGAUCCACUCCUCAUCAGCGUUGCUUACUUGUACAUCCACGCGUUCUGGGGACCCGACGCAGACAAGGACGCCGCCAAACACGUUCUGGGGAUGCAGCAAUUGUUCAAGCUGCGAUAUACUGGGAAUACUUCUCCGGUGUGCGUGGACCGACCAUUCGACCGUAUCAUGGUCGAAAGCGCCCUGUAUCAUUCGUUUCUGCUCGCCAUGCGAAAUCCAUUCGCGUUGGAUUUUCACAUCGACAGCUUCUUCCUGUCUAAAACGCUCGAUCUGCUCGAGUUCGAGGUGUACGUCGAUCCCGCCGAGUCCGCGAAGAGCCCAGUCAUAGGUGCCCCGCCGUCGAUAUACCGCCUGACCUUGGAGAUUUCUCGCAUGUUCAACUCUGGCUCACUGGACGACGCCGAAGAGUUCACGAGGAUCCGGAGCACCAUGGACUACUGGGAACAGCUCCUUGAUAGCGAGGCCUCGAUCUUUCGAGAUUCCGAAUUCGGGGAUGCUGUCGAAUUGUACAUCCUCGCCGCGUCCCUGCUUCUUGACUGGAUAUCGGAGCUUCCCCACGGAGCAGGCCCCAUCACUUUGACCGCCUUGUCGAUGCUGGGUCGCUCGACCACGGUCGCGUUGGACGGUAAACCUCGGCAUCGAUGGCAGGUUGCUCGCGCUCUCUCCGUUCUUCGGCGGCCGGACACAAAACACUACUGGACCUGGUGCUUCUUGAGCUCUUGGCCACUCCUCGUAUUCGGAUACGCGGUCGAGGACGUUGAGAGCAUGGACCUUGUAAAAGAAGUCCUGAACGAGUCGCGCCAUUGCAUUGGAUAUGCUGAGAUGGAGCGGAUCGAGAGAGAGUUGGAAGGGGUAUGGAAGAUUCGGUUGCAGGAAAACUGUCACCGCGAGUUCCUGCCCGACGCCAUGUCAUUACAGGGCCAGAAGAUAUACGCGUUGACUUGA